AUGAACCGGAACGGGACACUGAAUCACACCGGCGAUUCCCGGUCUUCGGUAUGGCAGGCGUUACCCAUCCUGGAUCUCCUCCUUUUACUUAUCGGCCUGUUACUUAAUCUAACCGUCCUGGCACUCUACGCCACCCACCGGCGUCUCCGCUCCACCUUCUCCAUUUACAUCCUCAACCUGACCUUUGCCAGCCUACUCUUUCUAGCAUUAUACGGCCCCCUCCACAUCCUGAGCACCACCGCCUCCGGAGGCCACUGGACCCUCUCCGACACCGCCUGCACCGUCUUCCUGUACUCCACCAACGCCCCACCGGCCAUCAUCAUCCAGGCGCACCUCCUCAUCGUGGCCAACCGCCUAUGGGCGUUGACUCGGCCCCUCCACUACCGCCACCACCACACCCCGGUCACGGCGCUGCUGUUGAGCGUCACGGCCUGGGUGCUGCCGCAUUCCAUCAGCCUCCCGGGGAUUGUCCUGGACGCCGGGGAGCGGCCGCCGGUGACGGUCACCGGGGUGUGUAUGCUGGAUGUGGACCGAUUGCGGGUGUGGGCGAUUGUUGGGGAGAUAUUGCUGGCUAUUGCGCCCAUCGGGUUUAUGGUGGCGGCCAAUGUGUUUUUGCUGUGCCGGCAACAUAAGCGCCGGAAACAGCGGGUGGCACGGGCGCUCUCGCUGCAGCGUUCCACGCGGCUAUCCGUGCACAUUCGUGACACGGAGCAGCCCACCGCGGCGGGCGGUCACCUUCCCGGCAAAGCGGCCGAUGCAUCGAAGGAAGCGCAGGAGAACGCCGCCCCGCGGGAGCCCAAAGGCGGACUGCUGCUAUUGGCCGGGCUAACAGUCAGCCUGCUCAUCUGCUGGCUGCCCUCCGUCGGCUUCGCCAGCGUCAACAUCUUCAUCCGCGUCAAACUGCCGCACGCCGGCAUCCGCGGCAUUGCCGGUCUCCUCUUCCUCCUGCAGACGGCGCUCGACCCGCUGGUCCUCAUUCUGACGUCGGCACAGUUGCGCCACGCCACGCACCGCCUUCUGUGCAGUGGACGUUGUCGGGCACAAUAA